AUGAGUGAUCCUGGGCCAUCGAAACGAAAGAGGACGCACAGUCCAGUCACCGAGACGGCGGAUUCAUCACGCGAAAGCAAACGAGCUAAAACAGAACCUUCCGACGAAUGCUACAUUCACUUGCUCCCAGAAGAGAUCCUGUGUCUUAUCUUCAACUUGCUGCGCUUCGAACAGCAGAAGCACUGCGCCGAGGUAUGCCAACGGUGGUAUGGUAUCUUCCGAACUAAGCCGUACCUCCGGCGAAUGACGAUGCGCUUCAGCCACUGUUUCGGGUUCCCGAUCAAUCAAUUCGAUCGGCAUCGGAUGAGCACGUGCCUGAACUGUUUGAUGUCCGAUUGCGGUGUGCUGCAAGAAUUCUUCACACCCGAGUAUCGCCGCUUUCGCGAAGUACUUUACGACAAUCCGAGCGAUGCGGACUGCCCGAUUGUCACGGCUGCGGACACCUUGGUCGAGGACUUUCUGUUCUCGGGCGACCUUCCGGUGGAAUCGAUCCGCUUUACGACUACGUUCGAUCGGGCCCGUGAGCACAUCGGUGAGCGAUUGGAGAAGAUGGAGAAUCUUACCGAACUCAUAUUCGCACUUCUGCCACCGGGUCGCGAUUGGGACGUAAAGGACAGCGAUCCGGAGUGGGUCAUCGGGCACCCGAAGGUCACCGCGCUCACCCUGCAAACGUACAUCGCGAACGGACCGUACCGGCUCGAGUUGCCAAGUUUAAAGUACUUUAUCCACGAAAUCGCCAACGACUGGGAUCUGAACGCAAUGAGGACCGUCAGCGCGCAGCUUGAGCGUCUUGAUGUGAAAUUUUACUUUCCGCGUGCGAUCGAGCAAACAUUCACGUACCCAUUUCCGCGGUUACGCCAGCUGACCAUGAAGCGAUACGGCGACAACAAACCGGGUGAACCAAAUACACGCGUCGAUGAUAUGUCCGCCGAGCGGUUCAUCAAAAGUAUGCCCCUGCUGGAGGAGGUCGAACUUCGGCGCACGAUCAUCACGAUGAAAGCGUUCCGGGCCGUGUGUCUUUUCAGCCCAGCGUCACUGACCAGAUUAACCUUGCUGGAGGUGAAGUUUUCCCGGUCGCUGUUUCUGCACGUGUUGGAGUUGACGAAUCUACAGUACCUGAAGCUUAAGCUGUGCUCAAUCAAGGACGGUGGGCGCAUUCAUAAUGUACCCUUUCCCGAGCUGCGCCACAUGAUAAUGAUCAACAGUGGCACGUGUAUUCGCAUCGACCGCGGCUUGUCAAACAUCCGGACAUUUAAAUACACUAUGGAUAUGCAGCUGCCGAAAGUGUGCCGCUUUAUGGUGGAUCUCGAAGACUUUGAGAUUAAAUUCCGCACAAAGUACCCGAUCGCCGAAGACGUCCGGGACUACAUUCACCAUUUGCCGACACUAUCCAACUUGCGAGUGCUGCGGUUGAGCGGCAUCAAGACGAAUACGAGACCGUGGCAGUUCAUCGCACCGAUGCCAGCCGUCGAGCGUUUGGUGUUGCGGAAGUGCCACCUGGCUCGGUGCGACUUCAAGUUACUGCCGCCCCUAUUCCCGUCUGUCAAAGUGCUGGAGCUGGACGGCACGAUCAUCGCGUACAAACGCCACCCGAACGGUGUCGACCCACUUCGUUACUUCGAGGGCAGGCUGAAGGAGUUCUUCCCGGGAGUGUUGGUCCUGUGUAAAGAUUGUCAGGCGGUGCCACUACCAACGGUGCUAGAAAUGGAGGACGAGCGCCGUUGGCGAUUGAAAGAGUUGAGCGAGACGAAUUUCCUGGAUAUACAAGUAUGGGGCAACGAAUAUAACCGACCGAAAUACAACCGUUACAAGUGGAGUACUGGGCCAGUACAUGUAAGCUUAGAAGACAUUCUCAAUGACCAACGGUAA